UCGAUUAACCAUUAUCCUUCUUUCCGACAAGAAUAUUUCUCUUCAAGUACACAACUACACCGUCUACACGUGAUUUAAAAGACAAAAGAAACCCUAAUACGAAGGUAUCUGAAAGGCGGAGAGGGACUGCAGUGGCUUCUUCCCCAAUUAGUGAAACACCACCAACCUUCUUUCCUUCCCUUCCCUUCUCCCCAACCCCAAAUCCACAGAGUUCUGUACUGUUAGCAAUACAUCCCUUUCCCCAAUUUCCCCCAUUCCUGACAAAGCAACCAGCUGAAAGAUUAACAAGCCCCAUAAGCAUUCCUCAUAAACGAAUCCCACAAGCAAUGCAAACGACAUUCUUCCACAUCUCGCAAGCAAUGAGGCCGAUAUAGCUAAUAGCUAGCUCCAUUUCCUCAAGAAGCCGCAUUCUUCCGCAGGAGGGAAACACAAACCCUCCAAGCUUCAACAACCUUCCCCAAUCCAUGGCAGAAUCUCCCAAAACCUCGUACUACGAAGAGAAUGUGGUCGCCACCAGCAGAAGGGAAAGGGCAUCUUACUCAUCCCCAUCCUCCGCCGCCGGCGCCACCACGAGCGUCCACGUCACCGCCCUCGACGGGCUGGUCAACGUCAACUCCCUCUUCACAAUCGCCGUCUUCGUGGGGCUCUCCUUCACGACCCCAGGCCAGCGCAGCCUCGAGAAUCGGACCUCCUGCGACGCCGGGAUCGAGGAGGCCAAGAAGCUUCUGGUCUUCGAGGUCGUCUCCUUCAGCUUCUUCCUCUUCUCCUCGCUGAUCGCGCAGGGUUUGAAGCUGGCCAUCAAUCUGCUCAACAGUAAAGACGUGGACGAGGCGUUCAAGGCCCACAUCAAUCUCAAGGUUCUGAGGUUCGGGAUGAUGGGCUCCGCGAUUGGAUCCGUGAUGGGAUGCAUUUUCCUGGUCCUGUCGAUGGUGAACGUGAUCGAGAUUCGGCUCGGGCUGCUGUCGUGCGGGAGUAAGAGCGCGAUUCAUGCGGUGGCGGCGCUGGUCUUGCUGGUUUCCUCUGCCCUCGUGUGUUAUAUCUCGACUGCUGUUUAUGCUUUCUUGCACUGAAUUUGAUGUGAUGAUGAAAAUUUGGAUGGAUGGAUGGGUUGAUAUGAAAGGUAUGAAUUGGUUUUGAUGUGAGAGUUUGUUGCGUUGGUUGCGUGAAUUGAGAACUCUGGCAGUGAUUAGACCAAGUUGAGUAAUCAUCCGUCGUGAGAUGAGAACACGAAGGGAGUGAGUGGAUUAUUGGUGUUGCGUAAGCCGAUCGUGGUAGGAAGGAACUUUACAACAAAUGGAUUGUGGGGUUGUUUGAUGAGAUAUAUUUCUGUGUAGGAUUUGCAAUUUUGUCAUAGUCUGUGUCUCACAUUUUGAGGGAUUUUGGCAAAAUAAAGUGUUUAGGAAGGAUUUUUUAAAACUGAGGGAUUUUGUAUAUGGAAUUUCAAAAUCGGACAAGUGUGG